AUGUUCGGCAAACGGAAGUAUGAUCGGAAAAAGGGGGUCAGGAAGUCUUUCCGCCGUCGUAGACGUAAAAAGGGAAAGAUAUUGAAGCUGAAGGAACCAGAACCAGUCGUAGAGAAGCCCGUGUUCAGUGCCUCCGGCUCGUCUCUAUACCUGUGGAUGCACGUACCUCCAUUGCACCAAACUUUUGUCAACAACACAGAAAGACGAGGCAAAUUUACGAGUUCACUAAGAGAGAGAUGUGCCGAAAUUGUUGGCGCUAAUUCUGAUGCGCUCUCGCCAUCGUACCUCGAGGAAGCGCCAUGGUCCUGUUGGCAGAGCGUGUGGAGCACGAUCUUGAAAAAUGGAUCUGAUCUGCCCGAGCUAUUUCGAAUGUUUGCUCGUCGUUUUGGAGAUCAAAUUUCUUUCUCUUGUCAUGCUUCUACUAACACUGACGUGAAUCUUGUACACACUAGCUUGAAAGGUUUGCGGAACAGCGCUCUCAACGCGUGUCUCAUUCCGUUCUACAAGAAACAUCGAGUUGAGAAUGUAUUCUCAAAUAUUUCCAUCAAUGACUUCGUAACUUUUGUCAGUGGCUUGGAUCAAGCUUCUAUUGCCAUCGACUGCUCCAAAAUGCCUCCUUUCACGACUUCUGACAUUCUUUCGUUGUGUAAUAUUCCCUCCUUAAGAGCUCUAGACUUAUCGGGAAAUCGUCAAGUUGAUGAUCAGCUUCUCUACACAAUAAAAUCUCGGUUGACGCUGCGAGAGUCCAAUCUUCAGAUUCUAGUACUCUCCGGAUGUCCAUACGUCACUGAGAAAGGCUUGUUUGCUUUGCUCAAAGACUGCGGUGAUUCAAAGCUUUCGUAUGUUGAAGCAGAUCUUCGCCUCCUGUUACUGGAAAGUUUCGAGAAGCUGUUCUCAAGAAUUGAGGAUUCUAAUGAUACUAGCAUAGUGACCGGAACACAAUGGAGGUUGGUCCGAAAAGACGAUAAAUUCGCAGCAGCAUCAAAAUACAAAUUGGGCCUCAAGUUCCACUUUCUACUGAGACAGUCUAAUGACUUAGUGGCAUCUAAGAUGUUGUGGGAUAUAAAAUUCUUUUCUGCUGUCGUGGACCCUCUUAAAGAAAAUGUGGAGGACAAUUUUGUUCCUGCUUGGAAGCAACGGUAUCUAGGUGCCAUGAACCGGCCCUUGACCUUCCCGUUCGCCUACAUGAAAGACAUUGACAUAUUGGUGAAACCGUGCCCGGCUCCGGUUCUUGUCCAGGAAAUCCAAUCUCCGCCCAUUUUUGAACGCGCUGGUCGCGUCGGCUUACAAGAUAAGCUGAAAUCAGUCAAACAAAAUACUAAAAAGCCCAGGACAAUAAGCACUAAUGCGCAAGCUUUUUUCUUCGGGGGCUAA